AUGGAGAAAGCAUUUGCAGGCGCAUGUGUUCAGAGCCUGUUUGAACCCAAAAAUGAAUUUUCCCUUUGUAUAAAUAAAUCAAUAAAACUAAUUUUAAAAAAUAUAGAGGAAAAUAACAGUGACGAUAAAACUACAGAUACAAGUAUUAUAAAUGAAAAACAAAAAAAUUAUUUGGAUGAAAAUAUAUCGAUUUUAAAUGGAUAUCUUUAUUUUAACAGAAUCGAAAAUAGCAUAAAUAUGCUGAAUACUGAAUUGUCGACUAUAAAAAGUGAUUUUAUGUUUUUAAGCAAACGAACAAUAUGUGAUGUAAAAAAAUUAAAAAGAAUUAAAAAAAAAAAUAAAGUAUACAAAAGAUUAUUAGAACAAAUCAAAAAAUAUCGAAAAAGAAAAGAAAUUUAUGAAAUUUUGUCUAUAGAAGGUCAAAAAUUAGAAAAUGUUAGUACCCUUCAAAAUAUGCAAAAUAAAGAAAAAAAUGAAAUUCAAAAAUUAAAAAAAAAAAUACAAACCAUUGAAAAUAAUAUCAAAUUAAAUGAUGAAAAUAUUCAAAAAGCCAUUCACAAAAUUGAUGAGGCUCUCUUAACAUAUUUACCAUAG